AGUCUACUAGGGUGUGGCUAGUCUAGUUUAAGCAUGACCAAGAAUAAAAUCAAGACUACUCAAAAGACAGCAAAUGUUCUUCAUCCUAACUCUAGGAAGGCGGCAAGGCUGACAAGGGAGGCUCAGAGACUGAUAAAGAUUGAAAAGAUUAAACAGAGAAAAGAGAAUAAGACGUCAACUCUUGUAUCUAAGUUGAUGUGGUUUAGAAACUCCUUGGACGAGACAAAGUCAUUUUACACAAGAGAAGAAGUGGAAGAAUUAAUAGAACUAUAUUUACAUAGAUUAGAUGAUGAACUGGACUCCAUUACAGAGAGACAAGAGAGGGGCUGUCUGUCAGCCCAUUACAGAAUGCAACAUGCUUCUAGAGAAGACACUAUUCGUUUAUUAAUUACUCAAGAGCAACAUACAUUCCUUACUACUGGAAUAGAGAUACCCGAUUUGACUAAUGGUAAAGUAUAUAAAACGUUUCUGGAGUGGUCUGGAGAUGCUAGCAAGAUUUCAAACUUGAAAAUGAAGAAAUUCAAAAAAAUUAAAUGAAAUUUAAACUUCAUUAUUAUUAUUAAUUUUAUUAUUCAUUCUCAUUAAUAAUUAUUAAUACUCAGAAAGUUACGCCCAGAG